AUGCCCUCUAUCGGCUUUGAAGGACACUGCAGCUUCUAUAAACAGCCUACAGAUGGAGACAGUGGAAGAAUUGAUAUAAUAGCGAGAAGCAGCGAAGUCGAAAACAAGCCGACUGAUAUAUCAGCUACAGUGCCAAAAACAGAUGAGGAUGUUGUAACAUUAGAUGACCCAAAAAUAGAGGAACUAGUUGUACUAGGAGUUCCAAAAACUGAAGUAGUAGUUGUGGUACUUGGAGUUCCAAAAACUGAAGUAGUAGAAGUGGUACUAGGAUUUCCAAAAACUGAAGCAGUAGAAGUUGUACUAGGAGUUCCAAAAACUGAAGCAGUAGAAGUAGUACUAGGAAUAGGAGUUCCAAAAACUGAAGUUGUAGAAGUAGUACUAGGAGUAGGAGUUCCAAAAACUGAAGUUGUAGAAGUAGUACUAGGAGUAGGAGUUCCAAAAACUGAAGUAGUAGAAGUAGUAAUAGGAGUAGGAGUUCCAAAAACUGAAGUAGUACUAGGAGUCCCAAAAACUGAAGAAGUAGAAGUGGCACUAGGAGUUCCAAAAAGUGAUGAUGUAGUUGUAGUAUUUGAAGAUCCAAAAACGGAAGGAGUUGUUGAACUGCUUGUUGUACCAAAGACUGAUGAAGUAGUUGUGGUGCUUGCUGCUCCAAAAACUGAUGAUGUAGUAGUGGUGGCUCCAAAAAGAGAUGUUGAUGUAGUGCCUGUAGUAGCGAAAAGGGAAGAACUGGUUGUAGUCCCAGCUCCUCCAAAAACUGAUGACGCAGUAGUAGUUGUAGAUGCUCCUCCAAACACUGAUGAAGAAGUUGUAAUAGUUGGUUCUCCAAAAACUGAAGAUGCAGUUGUUGUAUUUGAUCUUCCAAAAACUGAUGAUACAGUUGUGGUCGUUGCUCCAAAAACAGAACUAUUACCAAAAAAUGAAGAUGAAGUUGUAGCUGUUCCAAAAAUUGAUGCAGUUGUUUUAGGCAUACUUCCAAAUACGGAGGGUGUAAUUUUUUCUUCCCCAAAUGUAGUUGUUGUAGUAGCAGGAGUUGUUGAGAAAGCUGAAGCUGAAGUUGCAGUUGUUGUAUUAUUAGUACUACUCCCAAAUAAGGAAGAUGUAGAAGUUGUAGUGGGGAAAACAGAGGAGGCAGAAGUAGAAAAGCCAAAUACUGAUUUAGCUGGAGUUGGCACUGUGGUUGUAGAAGUACCAAAUAUAGAUGCUGGACUUGAAGUAGCAGGUAGAUUUGCAAAACUUGAUGUAGUGGAUGAUGAAGUGGACUCAGUGGUAGUAACAACAGCUGAUUCUGAUGUAGUAGUGGCAGAAGAAACAGAUGAAUUAGUAGAUGUUGUGCUAGUAGAUCCAAAGAUAGAAGAAGUAGUGGCAGCAGCCACAGCAGGUCCAAAAAUAUUAGUAUUAGUUGUUGCAGACGUAGAAUUGAAAACCCUUGAAGUUGGAGCCGAUGAAGCGAAUAUUGGAGUGCCACCUAAAGUUGAUUGA